UGUCCACAAACAUGCAAGAGUGGAUUGAUCGCGAUGCAACAACUAGACUCACAAACACACUUGGAUCGGUCGACGGCGGCGCUAAUGGAUCAAUGACACGUAGCCCGCUUCGACAUCGAUGUGCGUCGACGUUGCUUGGCGGCGUUUGACCACGACCGCAACGACCGCCGCCGCCACCACCAAGGCCACGGCCGGCGCGUGCUGGAUGUAUGCGACCGUCGCCGCGACCAACGGCGGCGUCGCUUUAGUCACCUGGAACGAUUGAAACUUGACAAAGUCCAGGUCCGGCACGUCCCGACUGUACGUUGCGACGUAGCUCUUGAAGUUUUUGUCUCGGUACAAAAGGAUCUCGUACCCGUCUUGCAGAUGGAACGACCGGACGUCCGGGACGCCGCUGGACACGGCCGUGGCGCCGUACAUCGUGGCGGCGCCUCGAUACCCCGCUUCGGCAAAGAACUGCACGACAUUUCCGGGCGACACCUUUUGGACCUUGACGCGGGUGAUCUUGCCAUUCCACGACGUGGCGUCGCUCCCUCGUUCAAACGACCCGACAUCGCCGAUCCACGUUUUGAACAGUUCCUUGGGCUUUCCAGCCACCACGACGGUCUUGUACCCGAUCAACUCGUACCCCUUGACGAGCUUCAUCGACGACGUUUGCUUGUCUCGGACGUCGCUUUCGCCAACACCAAACGAUUGCGGCACGGCAUUCCCCUGGUUGUACCCAUCGCGCUGGUACAGCGUCGCAAUGACUGGGUCGUCCGAGCAUCGAUAGAUCGAAGACGUGUCCUUGAGACGCUGGCACGUGAACGGUUCCGAAAGCUCCUUGUGGUUGCAGCACGUCAACGGGCUCCCCUGGAUAUUCUCGAGCACCGUCGCCUUGGCGCUGCCACCCGUUGGAAACACGAGCACGCCGCCGCAUGCUUGGAAUGGCGCGGGCUGCCACGACGACCCGCCCGCCUUGAACGCUUCCCACGACGUUUUGUCGCACGUGUCCUUGACGAAUCGGCCCUGGUCCGACGGGUGCGCCACAUUGAAGCGCGGGUAGUCGCAGUUGUGCAUCGUGAAUGUGUCGGUGGCCACUGUCUCGAGCUUCAUCGUGAGCAGCGACGCUCUCGAUUGAAACAUGAAAUCAAAGAUCGCCUUGGCCUUGGUCGUCUCGGCAUUUUGCAACUUGAUGGCGAAUUCCUGGGAUACCGCGCCUUGCGCGCCUGCCACGGCGAGCGUGUCGAUCCAUGCAGCGGACGCGGUCGGAACGCUGUUGUAUUGCCACACCCCCUUCAUCCCACGGAGGAACCACUGGAUCAUGACUUCGUCUUUGUUGUCGCCGCCACUGUUUGCCAAAAACACGGACGGCGGUUCAUCGACGGUCGAUGAAGCGUCGCUGUCGGUGGGCGCGACGCCACCGUCGUCGGCAUGAACCGCAUCCGACGCUUCACCACUACUUGAGGUGGCAGUGACGGCGGCGUCUUCGCGCGCCGCGGUCGGGUCGGCAUGGCCAAGGAUCUCGAUUGUGUUUUCCUGGCCGACGGGCGUGUAAUCGACGUCGGACGACGCAUUAUCUUCCAAGAGCGCAGCAGCGACCAAAGGGUUGGACGGAUCGUUCACCGUGAAAUCUCCGUCCUUGGCGGGGCUGUACUUGAAUGCAACAACGCCAAAGUCCGACCCUUCGACAUUGCAUCCGUCGUCGCGGGUCGAAAACAACCCGUUGAGCCAGUGGGUGACCACGAUGCGCUCGUGGCGAUGCACGUAUAGCGUCCAUUCGACCGCGUUGGCGAUCGCGCCGCACGCCGUGUGCGCUUGGAACGUCACCUUGGUCUUGAAUUUGGUCAGCGUCAACUCGGUGGUCGGGGUCACGGCUUGCGUGCCGGUUUCGUCAACGGUGAAUGUCCAAAACACAAUCUCGUUCACGUCGCGGGCGUUGGGCGCCGCUGCAAACAGCGCCUGGACCGCCGCGUCAGUGGCCAUCUUGCCCGUGAACGCAAACACGUCGUUGAGCAACACGCGAUGGUUGCAAAACGUGUCGUAGUGGUCGUGUCGGGUUGUGCAUUCCGGGUCAAAGUGGAUUUCGUGGGACGAGUACGGCGACGCGUACUUGGCAGCGUCGCCAAACACGGCCGACGGGUCGUGGAUGAUGGUUUUCACGGACGACUUGCCUUUGAAUGGCCCGGUCGUUUGGACUUUCAAGCGGACGUCGACGCUCUGGACGAGCGCAUUCCCGUUGGGAAACGACAGCGACUGUUCAAAGUCGCACGAUUCGGCCGCGUCGCCGACGCACUGCUUGCGGCUCGCUUGCAACGGAUUGUGGAAUUCGCACGUGUACUCGGUGAACCAUUCCUUGAGCGCGACGCCGAUCGCGCAUGUCCGCUUGCACGACUUGUACUGCGGGGCGCCGCCGUCCGACGGAAUCGGGCUCACGAUGAGGUCGGUCCACUCGUCGUUCGAGAACGGUUGCGCCAUGCACGUUGUCCACUUGGCCUGCACGAUGUCCUUGGUCAAGUCGUUGCCAGGCACGUUCCCCAACGGGCCGAACGUUUUGCUUUCGAACGACGUCGUGGCCGAUGCCGACGCAAUCCCGGUUUGCUUGAGGUACACUGUGUCGCACCGGUCGUCACUGCACGCGUUGUUGGUGGCGCUGGCGCUGUAGUCGACGACUUUCUUGGCGCUGGUUUCGUACGCCUUGACGGUGGCGGAGCUGAAAAUGCCACUGGAUGGGGGCGAGGCGGGGCACUGUCCCGAGUUCCCUUUGGGCCGAAACAAGUCGUUCACGACAAAGCAGGUGGAGCAGUCGAUGGACGCCCUCGAGUCAAAGUCAAAUGCUUUCACGUCCACGAAGUACGUGCCGCGGCCCUUGGGGACGGCGUUGUACAAUAUCGUCGGCCCCGUCGAUUCAAACGUUUUGUAGUCGACGGCGUCGACGGUCUUUUUAUUCGUCGUGUACGUGCUGCUCGCGUCGUAUUCGAUGUCGACUUCGACGCGCGGCUUCUCCCCCAGCGGACUCGGCCAUGCCGGGUCGAGAUCGUAGUUGUAGCUGCUUCGCGGGUACGGGUAGUACAAGCUGUGUUUGUCGGCGAAAAUGUUUGGAAAACACACGUCGCGCGUUUCUUGGAACGUGCCUGCGCUCGGGUUCAACGGGUUCGCCAACGCCGUCGACCAUGCGGACGUGAUAUCGUACUUGAAUCCGGUCGGAUCAUCAUUCGCGGGCCACUUGCACAGGGGGUAGUCUUCUGGGCUCCGCUCCUUGCCGAACCCGACGCCGACAUCGGACGACGUGAGCAACACCGACGACUCUUCUUGUGGGUUGAACUGUGUUAUCCACUCGACGCGGGCCUGAGCGACGCCUAGCACACCCGCGGACAGGACGAAGCGAUGCAUCGAGACAGC